GCCACUCUCCGCCCCGGCAGCCAUUGCCUCGUGCCCGCGCUAGUCGGUUGUUGGCGCCUUUGUCCUACGGCGGGCAGGUGGGCUGAGGAGGAGGCUGCAGCGGCGGGCCUGAGGAGAAGGAGCGGCCGGGAGCCCACCGCGCUGGUAGCGAUAUUAAUAAGGCAGCGGAAAGAAGAAGUAUGAAUACGGCUCCAUCAAGACCCAGUCCCACACGAAGGGAUCCAUAUGGCUUUGGAGAUGGUCGAGAUUCGAGGCAUGAUCGCUCCCCAAUUCGAGGAAGUCCAAGGAGAGAGCCCAGGGAUGGCAGAAAUGGCCGGGAUGCCCGGGACCCCCGAGACAUGCGGGACCCCCGGGACAGCAGAGACAUGCGGGACCACCGGGAUAGCAGAGACAUGCGGGACCACCGAGACAGCAGAAGCAUGCGUGAUGCUCGAGACAUGAGGGAUUUUAGAGACUUCCGUGAUCUGAGAGACACUAGGGAUUUUCGAGAUCACCGGGACCCUGUGUAUGACAGAUACAGAGACAUGAGAGACUCCCGAGAUCCCAUGUACAGGAGAGAAGGCUCCUAUGAUCGGUACCUGCGCAUGGACGACUAUUACAGGAGGAAGAGUGACUCUUACUUUGACCGUUACAGAGACAGCUUUGAUGGACGAGGCCCUCCAGGCCCAGAAAGUCAGUCUCGUACAAAAGAGCGUUUGAAACGUGAGGAACGGCGUAGAGAAGAGCUUUAUCGUCAAUAUUUUGAUGAAAUCCAGAGACGCUUUGAUGCCGAGAGGCCUGUCGAUUGUUCUGUGAUUGUGGUCAACAAGCAGACUAAAGAUUAUGCUGAAUCUGUGGGGCGUAAAGUGCGAGACCUAGGCAUGGUGGUGGACUUGAUCUUCCUCAACACAGAGGUGUCACUGUCACAAGCCUUGGAAGACGUCAGCAGGGGAGGGUCUCCUUUUGCUAUUGUCAUCACCCAGCAACACCAGAUUCACCGCUCCUGCACAGUCAACAUCAUGUUUGGAACCCCACAAGAGCAUCGCAACAUGCCCCAGGCAGAUGCCAUGGUGCUAGUGGCCAGGAAUUAUGAGCGCUACAAGAAUGAGUGCCGGGAGAAGGAACACGAAGAAAUUGCCAGACAGGCAGCCAAGAUGGCUGAUGAGGCCAUCAUACAGGAAAGGGAGCGAGGAGGCCCAGAGGAGGGAGUGCGAGGGGGACACCCUCCAGCCAUCCAGAGCCUCAUCAACCUACUGGCAGACAACAGGUACCUCACUGCCGAAGAGACUGACAAGAUCAUCAACUACCUACGAGAGCGGAAGGAGCGGCUUAUGAGGAGCAGCACCGACUCUCUGCCUGGCACGAUUUCCCGCCAACCACUUGGGGCGACCUCGGGUGCCUCACUGAAGACACAGCCGAGCUCCCAAUCGCUCCAGAGCGGCCAGGCUCUCCCCUCUGCUCCGCCCACUCCAGCUGUAGCCUCCACCUCCCAGCAAGAGCUUCAGGCCAAAAUUCUCAGCCUCUUCAAUAGCGGCACAGUUGCAGCCAAUAGCAGCCCUGCAUCCCCCUCAGUCGCUCCCGGAAGUGCUCAGAACCAGAAUUUUUCCACGGCAGCGAACAGCCAGCCUCAGCAAAGAUCACAGGCCUCUGGCAGUCAGCCUCCAAACAUUUUGGGACAGGCAGGAUCUGCCCGGAACAUGGGCCCCAGGCCUGGGGCUCCUUCCCAAGGGCUCUUUGGCCAGCCUUCCAGUCGCCUGGCACCUGCCAGCAAAAUGGCUAGCCAGAGGCCCGUGUCUUCCACAGGUAUCAACUUUGACAAUCCAAGUGUACAGAAGGCUCUGGACACCCUGAUCCAGAGUGGCCCUGCUCUUUCCCACCUGGUUAGCCAAACCACAGCACAGGUGGGGCAGCCCCAGGCCCCCUUGGGAUCUUACCAGAGGCAUUACUGAGGCUAAAUCUCUCAACUAUCCCCAGUCCCUUCCUCCCUGGCCUGCUCCCACUUACAGCGUUCUAAAUAGAGUUGUUUGGAAGAUGUUCUUUGCACCUAUCCAGGUCCACAUCAAAUGUCAUAAGUUUCUACCACCUGCUCUCUCCUCUGCCCAUGGCUAUGUUGCUUAUUCCUUCCAGAGUCUGCAUUUGUUGGUUGGUUGGUUUUUAGAAAAUAAAUAUCUCUGGGGUAGUUGGGUGUCUGGGCUCAGUUUAUAUUUGAUGAGUUUCUCUCCCCCCUCUGUCAGCUGGAUUUGGGAAAGGGAAGGAAGGACAAACCAGGCCUCAGCUGGCUGAGAUCAGAGUGGCGUUUAUCACGGCAGUAGCCGCUAGCUUUGUUGAUCUUUAACCCAGCACAUGCCGACCAGAGCUCAUGCUCCGGCCCCACAGGUAUUGAGCAGGGCCGAGGGUGGGAGCUUGAGGACGCCUAAUCAGCCGCUCUGGAGUUGUUGAGUGGCUACGGCAGCCACAGAGCAGAAACUGUUCUGCCUGAGCCAGGUGGUUUGUUUUGGUUUUUGUUUUUUUUUUUUCCCCGUGCAUUUCAUUGGAGGGUCUCCAGUGGACUGAACAGGUCUAGUCAGCAGAAGUUUAACACAGACUGUGAAUCUGGGCCCGGCCACUCUUACCCCUAACGUCUCUGUCAGCGUCUCCCCCCAGUGGUAGGUUUGUGGAGUCAGUUCUCAGAAGGCAACUCCAGACUCUGGCAGCGAAGACUCGUUUUUUUCAGUGAUUGUUUCAAGUUUUUGGCUCAAAAAGCAGGCUCUUGUUUUCAUCUAGACUGUUGUUCUGUUUUCUGAGCAGCAGGGGGCAGGGACCGUUUUGAUAUCAGACUUUGGUGGCUGGGUAUAUUCUCGAUACAGGCAACUGUUUAUAAGUUUUGAGCCAGAAUGAAAUUGUUCGAAGGAGGGCCUCUGGCUGCUGCUCUAAAAUGGAGCCAAAGGAAGCUGCCCUCUCCCUCAGGAUGGUGCUCGUUAGAGCCCUGUGGAUCACAGUCUCCAGGGCCCCUGGCAGGGCCGGAGACAGCAGUGACUUCAGUAGAGGCCCUGCCAGUGGCUGAGCAAACAAUGGUUUCAAACAUACAAGGUCCCCAGAUGGCAGCAUUUUAUGUUCUGACCUAUUUGUGUUAUAUAGUGUUUGAUUUUUUUUGUUGUUUUUUUCCUCUUUGAAAUUCUUGUGUUGUUGAUAAACUGAAAUGAUUACUUUUUAAUUAAAAUGAAAAAGUAAAA